AUGGAUCAAGAACCACUAAAAGGUGAGCCUAAAACUAUUUCCUAUCUUAAAUCCCAAACACCAAACACUAUCUCUAAAAUUUCAAGUACUGGCAAAGAGCCAGCUUAUGGAGAAGCUAUUAAAGCCCUCAGACACGAAAACGAAUCACUCAAAGAACAAAUUGACACCAUUUCUGACCUCAAUAAAAACCUUUUAGAGGAAAAUAAGAAGUUAAAUGCCACAAUUCAACAAAUAAUGAAGAAAAUCAAUGAAUUAAUUAGCCUACAAACCCGACUAAGCUCUCAAGUUCCCUCAACUGCUAACCACAAUAACGAUUACAAUGAAUCACCACAAAAGUGA